AAGGCACAGUUACAUAUUUCUGCCAACCAGAGGUGCAGCCCAGCAGGACUGUGCCCGCAUGACUUGGCAAAAGUGGAUCCACGCUGGAUUGGCUGCAUUCCAGGCAGAGGAGAGGCUGGAGAGGUAAUCUGAGAUGUGUCCUACAGUAUUUUCAGUAACAUUCUUUUUCCAUCAUUAUCCUCUUCCUGAAGAGCUGAUCUGACCCUGAAGCUAAGAAAACAUGACCUGUCUGACUCAGAUACAGUUGGCUGAUCUUAGUUAAUAGCCUCAGCAGGUUAUGCAAUGCUCUCAAGGUCACCAGCACCAGGUUAAGUUUGGAGCUGCUUCCUUCUUAGUGACUGUAGCAGAACAGCCUGAUUGCUGCCUGCAGAGUGGCCUCCAGCAGGAGACCAUGCUCCUCAUGUUGGUGUGAAAGAGCAUUUUGAGGCUUCAGCUGGAGCUUUAGUGCCAUAGCAGUGAAACCAUGACACUUUCAGAUGUUUGCUGAGUUUUCAUGGUGGAAUGAAUCUGUUAACUGUUGACCUCCUGUUGACAUUCCCAGCCAUUUGCCUGAGUUUGUGGGGAAAUUCAUCCAGGUCUAGGUAGUGAAAACUGGCAGCAGAUACUAGAAGCUGGUGUUAAAGGUCUGGCCCCUUCCAAAUGUCAAGAUCUGAAUUCUUGGUGGUAUAUCAUGUCCUGAGCUGUCCUUGGCCUUAUCUGUGGUGCCGUGUGCCUCUCCUGACAGCCAAUGGAAAAAGUUGGUGCCAGAGACUCCAAGGCCAAGUGCUCUGUGUGCUGAGCUACCCCAGUGAGCAGGGAGGAAAGAAGGAAACAAGGUGGUUUAAAAUAACUCCCUGUAAUAACUAAAUGUUGGGCUGAUGGUGUGUGCAGGUCUGGGUGGAGAAGCUGUUGCAGAGAACCAUCAGGAGCACCUGCAGCAGGUGGUGCUGUCCCUUGACCCAUCUUGGGCUGAGUGCUGGCACUGCUGGAGUUGUGGGGCCUCUGCAUGUCUCUUGAAGCAGGAGGCUGCAGCUUGUGCCUGGCUGUGGUGCUGUGUUUGGUUUGUCAAGGUAUGAUUUGGGAUGUGUGGACCUCUGAGAGGAGCAGGGGGAUCCCAGGAAGAGCAGUUAGGCAGUGGGGGAUCCUUGGUGAGCAGGGCUGUGUGCUGGGGGGGUGCAGCCUGGUGGCUGAGCCCUGGAGGUGGCCACGCUGGUUUUGUGACCAGCAAGGGGCCUGUUCCUAUCAGGGCCAUUCCUCAUUUAGAAUUGCCCUUGAGCUCUGAGCUCUUCUUGCUCUGUGGGCUGGGCCUGGCUGGGGUGCUGGUGAGGGGCUGAGCCGUCUUCUGCAAAGGGCCCGUUCUCUGCUGGUCUCUCAUCUGGGUGUUUGCAGAGAGCUGCUGCAGCCGGCCUGUGGAGUGACCACCCAGCAGUUAGGGGCUUGCCUUCUGCCUUGGCCAGCUGCCCUGUGGGGUGUUGAGUGAGGCUCUGCCAACUGGGAGACUACAGACUGGGAGUUGGACUCCUGAGGGGGGGGUCAUGCCAGCACCCCCAGCUGCUCUGUGGAGGUGAGGUGGGUGCCUGGCUCUUACCUGCUAGGUCAGGAUAGUGUUUCCCCAGGUUUUCUAGCAAGGAUUCAUAGCAGGUGGCUUCAGGGCUUUCUCCUCCUGCCAGCAGAAUGGGAGAAAGGGAUCAGCCUCCAUCCUGACUGAAAACUGAAGGCAAGACUUGUGAUCAGGGCAGGUGGCCCUGCCCAGGAAAGGUUCCUCCUCCCCCAGGUUCAGCUACAGCUCUUUGUGUGAGCUGGCUUCUGUCUAAGUAACUACUGAAUAGAGCCCCUCUCCAAAGCUACAUCUUUGUUUCUAGGAGGUGAUGGGAUUUUUCUUGGUGUGUGGGGCAGUAACUUGAAAUGUUGUGUGACAGCCCCCCUGGCAGACCCUUCUGUGCUGCCCUGCUGAGGAGCUUACGCAGGACUCUGAUCAGGAUGUAGCUCUCCCUUUCCUGUAGGUAUUUACUGGUGAAUUCAGAUGCAGGAUUUUCCACUUUGCUCAGGUUCAUCAGGGCUCCUGUUUCAUCCAGAAGAUCAAUGCAGUAUGGAGAGAGAGAGAGAGAGAGAUGUGGUGAAGAUCUGAUGUGCCUCUGUGCAGCCAGCAUGAGCGUGUGGGGUUCAGCAGUGUCUUCUUGGCAGGUUACACUUUGAAGGGAACCUAAGAUCUAAAAGGGAGGAGGUUUGCUGACCCUUUCCCUGUGUUUUGGGAUGAUCUGGGAUCCCCACACAACCUGUUAGAGGAGCGCUGGUCCCCUCUGGUGAUGGCUGCUCAGGAGCACUCACCUGCUGGCCUGCACUGACACUUCCUCUUCAGGUCAGCCAUGAGGAUGAGGACACGGCACUGAAGGUUCACCAGCUCUUGGUGGUUGGCUGCAGACAGGGAAGGAGAUACAAGUCUGGUCACCCUGAAUCCAGGAACCCUGUGGAUGUGGCAAGAGAUCAGCAAAGGGCUGAGACCUGUCUGCUGUCACAGCCAGCAAAGCACCAGCUCGCAGCAAGCCCAGCUUCUGUAGCCCUGCAGACCCCUCUGAAGCAGCCUCCCUUCCUCUGCUUCCUGCCAUGGCCCUGGCUUGCAUGGUCCUGCUGCUGGCAGGGGUGGUGGGGACAGCUGGCAGGGCUCAGCCCCUCCUGACCCAGCCGUCCUCCGUGCUGGUGCUGCCCGGGCAGACUGCUCGGCUCUCCUGCACCCUGAGCCCCCCGUACAACAUCAGCCAGUUCGGCAUCUCCUGGUACCAGCAGCGCCCGGGGCACUCCCUGAGGUAUCUGCUCUAUUACAACUCCGAGCGAGACCAGCACAAGCCCGACCAGGUUCCCGAGCGCUUCUCCGCCACCAAGGACCUGCCCAGCAACGCCUGCAUCCUCCUCAUCGCAUCCGCCUGCCAGGAAGACAACGGCACCUACUACUGCUCCCUCGCACGGGCCUUCAGCUGGGUUUAGACACACAAAAGAGCUUUCUGCGUUUCCCUGGCAGCCCCGACCCCUCGGGGCAGCCCUGGCGGGAGGGGAAGAGGAGCCCCUCACGCGCUUGAGCCAGCCCCGCAGCUCCGCAUCCUGCUGGGCUGCGGGAACCUCCUCCUCGACCCCGCGUGUCCCUCGCGGGGUGUCAGAGCCUGGCGGGGUGUCAGAGCCUGGCGGGGUGUCAGCCUUGCCCGGGCUCGGGAGCAGGGACCUCCCGCUGCGGGGGCAGGACGGGAGCUCUGCCCCGGGCUCCCGGGCACCACAGGCUUGAUCCCGGCUGGGGCUGCUGCGCGCUUUGUCUCAGCUUUAUCAGCAAUAAAGGUUGAUC